AUGUUAAGUGGGAAAAUUCCCAACUGUGUGGGGAAUCUGCAGGGUUUGACUAUCAUGAGUAUAAGCUCAAAUCAGCUCUCUGGUGCCAUUCCUAGCUCAAUUGCUCUUAUUUCAUCAUUAUUUUGGUUAAAUUUGAACAAAAAUAACUUUACUGGUGAAGUUCCUCCAGAAUUAGGGAAUCUACAAGGUUUGGGAGUCUUAGAUUUGGGUGACAAUAAAUUAUAUGGAAAUAUACCCAAUUGGAUAGGGAAAAAACUUACAUCUUUGGUAGUUUUGAGUUUACACAAAAACAACUUCACUGGUAGAAUUCCUCCAUCUCUUUGCAAAAGUUCAAAUCUUCAAAUUUUGGAUCUUGCAUACAACAACUUAACCGGAACCAUCCCUCCGUGUGUAGGAAACUUAAAUGGCAUGGUUGUGGGCCACUUGAUGAAUAUGUAUUAUUCAGAUAUGGAUCAUGAUAAGAAUGUGAUUCAGGUCAUGAAAGGUGUUGAUCUUGAAUAUACAACAACUUGGGAAAUAGUUUAUAACAUGGACCUUUCAAGCAAUAAACUUGUGGGAGAAAUACCUGUUGAGCUCACUGCACUUUCCAUGUUGAGAGCUUUGACUUUUUUGAGCCAUUUGAAUUUGUCACACAACAAUUUGUCGGGUCAAAUUCCAACAGGAAAUCAACUGCAGACGCUUAUUGAUGAUCCAUCAAUUUAUGCUGGGAACAAAGGUCUAUGUGGACCUCCACUGCCAAAUAGUUGCUCAAAUCAUCAAGAUCCAACAACAACAAGCAAGAAGAAACACAAAGCAGCUGAUGAGAAGAUGGAGGUAUGGUUGUUUUAUGUGGAUAUAAUGAGUGGUUUUGGAACAGGGUUUUGGGGUGUUAUUGGAGUUCUGAUGUUCAAGAAGCAGUGGAGACACAAACUUUUCAUGUUUGCUGAGGAAACCAUGGAUAAGAUAUACGUUGCAGUUGUGGUAAGAGUUGCCAAGUUCAAGAGAGGAAGAGAAUAG